AUGCGUGCGGGUACCUCCAAAGGCCUAUUCAUCCACCGACACGACUUGCCAGCUUCAGAGAAAGACUGGGCAGGUCCUCUACUGGCUGCCAUGGGUUCCCAGGGCUCGGAUGCUCGACAGAUUGAUGGUGUGGGAGGCGCAACGUCAACAACGUCCAAAGUGGCGGUGAUUUCACCAUCGGCCCGGAUGGGUGUUGACGUCGACUACACGUUUGUGCAAGUGGCCGUGGGACAAGAGAUGGUGGAUUUCAGCGGUAAUUGUGGAAACAUGUGCUCAGGUGUAGGACCAUUUGCGCUUCAAGAAGGACUGGUUCGUGCCAGCCCUGGAGAACGCACUCUUGAUGUCCGGAUAUUCAAUACCAACACAUCGCGGAUAAUUGUCGAUACUGUCCAAGUCGACGAGGACGGCUCAUUUCAAGAGGACGGAGACUAUGCCAUCCCGGGAGUGAAGGGAACGGGUAGCGAAGUGAAGGUUGCCUUUGUCGAUCCUGCGGGCAGUAUGACUGGAAGCCUAUUCCCCACUGGCAGUCGCUGCGACACCAUCAACGUGCAGGCCAAAGAUGGCACGCAGUUCUCAGUCAAGGCCACUUUGAUAGAUGCUGCCAACCCUUUUGUUCUGGUAGACGAAAGGACGCUGCCAUUGCACCUGAAGACUGGAAGCAAGGAAUCAGCAGAUUACCUCGAGCAUAUGGAGUCUAUUCGAUGUGCUGGCGCUGUAGUCAUGGGCCUCGCUCCCAGCAUAGAGGCGGCUUCCAAGGUUCGCGGAACACCAAAGUUGGCCAUUGUAUCGUCGCCUCGACUAGACACAACAGCUGCGAAAGACUCUACUGCCAAUGCAGCAGACAUUCAGGUUCAGGCCUUCAGCAUGGGUAAGCCGCAUCCAAGCCUGCAGCUCACGGGUGCAGCAUGUCUGGCAUCAGCGGUGUGCAUCGAAGGAACGGUGGCACAUGGACUGGCAUCGGAUGCCAAGAUGCAGUCUUCGUGGCAAUCGGCGUCGCCUGAGCGAACGCCGAGUCCAUUUUCAGACUCGGAUGAGAGCUCAUCGGGUCUACUCCCAAGCCGAAGGACGGUAUCUCUUUCACAUCCGAGCGGAUCGAUUGAUGUGGAGGUUUUGGCGGCAAGCACAGAAUCAUUUGCUUUUGUCGACCGUUGCAUUGUUUCUCGGACGGCGCGGCGGUUGUUCGAAGGCAAGGUGUACUACUAUACUAAUCAAAACUAA